AUGGCAGCCUCCAGUGUAACUACAAGUGGCUCACUGCUGGGCUUUGAAGACUACAGCUUCUACAGCAACCUGUCGGAUGAAGAGCUAAUCCAUCUGGCCAUCGAGCGCAGCCUGACUGACACUCAUCCAUCUGCAGUUUCUGACAGUACAACCGGGAUAUUUGCUAGCCAAAGUCUGAACUCUGUCCCCAGAAACCCAAUUCUUCCUCCUCCGCAGAAUGUUCAGCCACCAGCCAACCCGCCCUGUGGGACAAACGAUUUCCUGCAAUGUAAGAAUACUGACGACGCAACGAAGAGCUAUUCCUUCGUCACUGGCGGUGGCGAGCGAAGUGUUGCGUGGCGGCGAUACGACGGCUCACUGUACGUCACCCGUGAGCCCGUGGAGGAUUCUCAUUCGAUAGUUACAGCGAUCAGAAGCGGCGAUGUGAAAACAGUGAGUGACCUUGCAUCUUCUUCUGCAAAAAGCCUGUUGUUGGAAAACAAGGAUGGAUGGAUACCUUUGCACGAGGCGGCCUAUUAUGACCAAGUCGAAUGCUUGAAGGUUCUCCUGAAAGCUCAACCCACCUCCCUCGAUAAGCGUACCCUAUUUGAGCAGACGGCUCUCCUUCUGGCAGUGGCCAGGGAGAACACAGCCUGUGUGCAGUACCUGCUGGAGAAAGGCGCCGACCCUGAAAUCGCCAGCAAAAACAAAGACACCCCUCUUUACAAAGCUUGCGAGAUGGAGAAUGUGGAAAUUGUGGCCCUCAUUCUGAAGUUUGGAGGUGGAGUGAACCAGCGUUGCAUUCAGGGCUGGACAGCUCUCCACGAGGCAGUGUGUCGCAACAACAUAGAGAUUUGCAAGAUGCUGGUUGCAGCUGGGGCUACAGUCAACCCACCUGACAUGUAUGGCAUCACCCCACUCUUUGUGGCUGCGCAGAGCGGGAGAGUCGAGGCACUGUGCUUCCUCAUUGAAAACGGUGCAGAUGUCAACAGCCAGGCAGCUGACGGGGCCACAGCGCUGUUUGAAGCCAGUAAGAAUGGGCACAAGGACGUAGUGGAGAUCCUGCUGUCUCAUAACGCAGAUGCAAACAGACCUGCCAAGAGUGGCCUGCUGCCCCUGCACAUAGCUGCUGACCGUGGGCAGGACGAGAUUGUGUCGUUGCUGAUGCCAGCCACCAGCCGGGCCCGGCUGCGGAGAAGUGGCAUCAGCCCCCUCCAUCUGGCCGUCGAGAAGAACCAGGAUGACGUGCUGGAGGUCCUGAUCCAGGCCGGCUUCGAUGUCAACGCCAAGCUGUCCCACGACCGCUCCAUCAUGCACGAGGACCGCCGCAGCACGGCGCUCUACUUCGCCGUGGCCAACGACAACGUGGAGGCCACCACCAUGCUCCUGGAGGCUGGCGCCGACCCCAACCUGGACACCCUCAACCCUCUCCUGGUGGCCGUGCGACAGGGCUGCGUCGAGACCCUGGUCCUGCUGGUGGAGCACGGGGCCGACGUCAACGCGCCCAUCCCCACCUACCCAACCACCUUCCCCAGCUCUGUCAUGUUCUGCGUCAGAUACCUGCCUCUGCUCAAGUACCUUAUGGACAGGGGCUGUGACGCCCUGGCCUGCUUCCGGUGCCAGUACGGCAGCAACCCGCACCCACCGAUCGAUGCCCCCCUCAGCAGGGGCACAGAGGGCCUGAGCGGGGGCGCACCAGGUGAUGGCCCCACCAAGACACCCAUACAGUUCUGUGAGAUGCUCUGCUCACCCUCUGUGAGUAGCUGGGCUGGGCCUGUCAUUGACCUGCUGUUGGACUACGUGGGAAACGUACAACUGUGCGCUAGGCUAACUGAACAUUUGGACAGCCAUGAGGACUGGGCCGUCAUCAAAGAGAAAUCUAAACUACCUCGUCCCCUGAUGCACCUCUGCAGGCAGACCAUUCGCACACAGAUGGGGAUACAGAGGCUGAAACAUCUGGGCACCCUGCCUCUCCCAGGACAACUAAUCAAAUACAUGAGCAAUGAUCGCACCAGGGAGGAGUAUUUGUACUAGCAGUUAUCAGAUCAGCAGAUCAGGAAAAACUUUUUUUUGGGGACUGAAAGUCACUGAUCUGUUUUAUUUUUGGCUCACUAUUAGCUAAUUUCAGACAACCUGUGGUGCUCCCACUGUGGUAAGGUGUUGCCUGUGAUGGCCUUUCAUUUAGAAAUAAUAAUGCACAUAUUGAGUUAUGAAUGAUAUAGUGGCUAUAUCCAACAACAUUGAAACAUUUUAACCUUUUUAAACCACCUGCAAUGUUAAUCUAGUCUUAGUUUUUUAUUCAGCAGACCUUGCAACAGGCUUUCACACCUUAUGUAACAUUUGAUUAUUCUUUAACCUUAAGCCACAGGGACUUGUAUCAGUAUUUAAGUUUUCUUAAACUUUACAGUUUCCAAUAUGAGGUAGGGUGGUCUUAACUGAAAUGUGAUAAGCGUGUUACAAUUUUUAUUGCCUUUGUACUGCACUGUAAAGCCAUUACAGCCCAAAUGUGUACAGAUGUAUUUAAACCUUUUCGGAUGCAAAUUUUUUUUACCCAUUUGAAGCUUGAAGCUUGUUUGACCUGAACUGGGCUGUGCUAUGUCAAUGCAGCUCUUGUAUGGCUAGGGGUAAUGAGGUACCAGGUACUUCAUUUGUGUAAUGACAAUCAAUACACAGAAAUUUCAGGCAAACCUCUGUAACAUCACUGUAACAUCACAAUUUGGAGUAAUUAGUAUGCGUGUACUAUAAGGGCAUGUUAUAUAUGACACAGAUUUAGCCUAGUCUUAGACUAAAUUUAAUUUUGAAUAGAGAUUUUCCAUACAAAUCUUAAUUUAGUCCAGGACUAAGCUUAAGCUCUGUGUCUCUGAAACCGGCCCUAAAUAUAGUAUCUAAAAAUGUUGUGUUCUGUGGACACGUGAAGAUGCCCAUUGCCAUUCAGUGAACCUUAUUUUUAAAUGUAUUUUUGUAUUUAUUUGUGCAGUUGUAUUUGUAAUAAUUUUUAUUCUUAAUCAUUAUUUUAACUGAGGAACAAGCAUGGAGCCUCAUACGCUUUAUUGCUGAGAUCAGCAUUUUAUUUGAGUGGGAAUUUACACAUGGUGAGAGAAUAUGAACUUUACCGAAAGGGCUGUAAGGAAUGAGCGCAUCUGUAUAGCUGACCAGUUUAAUGCAUACAUGUAUGUAAUGCAAAGCAGGAAAAUGAAAGGUUGUCAGCUGAUACAGUAUAUACAUGUUUGAAGAGCUCUGGAUAAUAAAGUUGAAAAUGUGUAUUAAGAAUAAUUACUCCGGGACACAGAAGUCAGUAUUUUAAAGGAAGAUAUAUUGCUUUACAAUUUGUCACAUUUCUGAACCAACUGUGUAUUAGACAUACCCCAUAUUAGGAACAUAUCUACCUCAUUAGCCUAAUGUUGUAAUGAUAGUCAGUCAAUAUUGGUCAGGUUGUGUACAGUGUGGUGUGACAGUAUAACAGAAUCUGUUAAAUGAUCCUCCUGUACUGUUAAUAGACUAAUAGGAAUACAUUAUAUAUUUUAAUGUAAAUGGUUUACAGGGUAAUACAUUUUGGUGUUUGUAUGCUGUAUGUUUCUAUAGAAUUUUCUGUUUAAUUCUAGCUGUAGUGGUUAUACUGUGUAUUGGUUUACCAGGGAAAUGUGUAAUAUUACUGUACAUUAGUGUCUCCAAACUCAAUAAUUUAAUAUAGUUCUUAAGCAAUAAAUGCUUCCACAAUGUAUUCACUCAUGUAUUGUAUUGGAUCAGUAGAUUCCAUAGACGGAGACACCAACCCCCCCAACGCACAUGCGUGCACACAAACAAAUAGAAUUAUGCUAGAAAAAUAUCGCUACCGUCUCUGAACUUUCUCUGUUUUUUAAUGUUUCAUAAUAGCUGUUAAAAUGUGUUCAGUUUGGCAUUUCAUUCUCAAUCUCUUAUACUAAAACGUCAGUUUGAGGAUGGAAUGAGCUUGAGAUUGUAGUUUAAGGAACUGAUUUAUUCUACUUUCAGAUAGGCUAACAGUUGUACAGUUAGUUUCCUACUUGAUGUAAGAUUAAGUUAAUCUAUAAAGUGGUCUCAAAAGAAAAAAGGCAAAUACCACAAUACGUUCACAUUCUGAAGUCCUUAAAUCGUAAUAUUCAAAGCAAAACUGUUCCUUGACCUAAGUGCUCUUGAAAAUGUAUCAUUCAGUUUUAAAUGGAAUUUUACGAUGGUAAACGCAGGGCUAGUCAACUA